AUAAUUCGUUCCGUUCCGUGAUUUGUUUCUGGCCGGAAUGUGUAACAAUGCGGAAGUAAUGGUCAUUUUUGUAUGUUUUUGACCGACUUCGGAGGUGAAAAUAUUUUUAAGUAGCUAAUAUUUGGUCUCAGGAAAAGUUUGGUCAGUUUUUAUGUACCUAAAAUGUUCGGAUUUAGCUUGGUAAUGUUAUCUGCUUGAUCGUGUUGCGUUUGGACAGCAAUUGCAAAAAUGUAAACGUGUAACAUUAUAGCUAGCUAACUUAUAGAUAGCCAACUGUAGAUAGCCAGAGAUUAGUAAUGCAGUGGUUUUCCUGCGAUUGUAAGUAUGGAUCCGAGGCAUAAAGAAUUCCUUCGAAAGCACAGACUGGAUCUGUCGAAUCAGGUUUUAAUUGACGACACAGUGGUUCAUUACCUAUACCAGGAAAACAUUUUAACAGAGAGCCAUGUCGAGGAGAUACAGGCACAGACGACCAACAAGAAGAGGACUUUGAAACUGCUCGAUAUUCUCCCUACCCGAGGUCCGCAUGCUUUCGGAGCCUUUCUGAAGUCCUUGGAAGAGGAGUUUGUGUGGGUGGCGGAAAGACUGCAGCGCGAUCUACAGAACGGAGCAUCCGCAGAGCAGGAUCCGUCAGACUUAUGUGGGAUUUCGGAGGAGGUUCUCCGGAAGGUUCCGUCGGACAAGGAGCUGAACCGGCUGUCGGGCCUGCUGGGGCCGGAGUGGGAGUCCGUGCUGCUGGAUCUGGGCGUGUCGGCGUGUCAGCUGUUCCGUUGCCGGGCCGACCACCCGCACAGCCUGCAGAGCCAGGUGCUGGCUGGCCUGAUGGUGUGGCGGCAGUCCAGAGGGAGAAGCGCCACGUUCCGGCAGCUUCUGCAGAGCCUGCGGGCCGCCCAGAUCCACCCUUCUGUGAUAGAGCAGGUAUUCCGUCAAGAAGGGGGGGAGGGGGAUCUAGCCCACUGCCCUAAAGGGUCAGGCAAGACUGCUCCAAUCCUGUAGAACCCCACGUCCCACCUAGCUCCGCCCCCACGGAACCUUGUGCCCUGCUGUGUGCCCAAUCAAAGUGCUGGAUAGGGACACGGAUGUGAAGCUGGUUUCGAAUUGAACACUAUUUCCUGUCAAGACAGGGUAGAUUUACACAAAGGAGAACAAACCAAGACUCAACCAGUGUAUCCAUCUGGACAAUUUUAGAAUUAAAUAAAACAAAUAAUAUAU